CAGUUGAAACUGGAGCAUGUAAACUUCCGACUUCAACUGUAUCCUAUAUUUGCUCUAAAACAGAGUGAAUCAAGUUGUACUGUUUCCAUGUAGGCCGCCAGCCUUUAGUCUCUCCCUCCCCUCCUCCCCUCCCCUCUAGCCACCUGUGCCUAUAAAGAGUUUGUGUCGUUAGUGUUUGCAACCAUCAGCAGAACUGCAGUGGGCUAUUUAUUAUAGCUUUGCUGUGCAGAAGGGGAGCAAUCGCAUAUUUCAACAUCAUAACAAACCUCAGUAAGACUGUUAAGCCGUGACAGAAAGUCAAUUAUGAAAUGAAACAUGGGAAACGCAUAUAUUAAUAACUCCUUAUUACUCACACAUUUCACUAACAAAAGUGCAGUUCCAGGAGAGAACUCUUUCUGUGAAUACAAAAACACACAGUCCCUUGGCUCAUCACCAAAAGCUAGCUUGACGUGUGGAAAUGGGACAGGCUUGACUUGAUAUUAGCAUAUUCAUCUGGGAAUAAAUGGACUCAUGGAGUCAGGGAGGGACAUACUGAUUUUUAGCAAACUGGAAAUGUUGCUGCAGACACAUGCAGUACACAUGCACAGACGGACACUCAUGUGGUUCGAGGGUUUUGUGUCAGUUGUACUACACUGAGAACUACGGACACUAUCAGACGUGCUGGCGUUUUUGAUUGACAGCUCGCCCUGAGGGAAUGGAACAAGAGAUGCCGUCGGAGACUGCAGACCUCACGCACACAGACUCUCAAUCGACCAGGACUUUGUUGUAGUUCCAGAAGAAGUGCUGAUCUGAUACGAGGGUUUGAGAAACCACUUGACGACAGAGAGGGAGAGACCGUCAAAGAGCGAUGUGCUCAUCCAGAUCCCGAGGAGGACUCUUUCUACCACAGGCAAGGAGAGGAGCGCUGUGCUCAUCCAGAUCCCUAGGAGGACUCUUUCUACCACAGGCAAGGAGAGGAGCGAUGUGCUCAUCCAGAUCCCUAGGAGGACUCUUUCUACCACAGGCAAGGAGAGGAGCGCUGUGCUCAUCCAGAUCCCUAGGAGGACUCUUUCUACCACAGGCAAGGAGAGGAGCGAUGUGCUCAUCCAGAUCCCUAGGAGGACUCUUUCUACCACAGGCAAGGAGAGGAGCGCUGUGCUCAUCCAGAUCCCUAGGAGGACUCUUUCUACCACAGGCAAGGAGAGGAGCGAUGUGCUCAUCCAGAUCCCUAGGAGGACUCUUUCUACCACAGGCAAGGAGAGGAGCGCUGUGCUCAUCCAGAUCCCUAGGAGGACUCUUUCUACCACAGGCAAGGAGAGGAGCGCUGUGCUCAUGUACUUACCAUUACGCAGACCGAAUGCCCGCGUUGUUACUCCAACAGUGUGUUGCUGUAGGUUGAGACUCAGAGACAGACUUGGAUAGUGUCUGUUCUCCCAUAGGAACAGCAUGGCAGAAUCACUUAGGGCCUGUGAGUUCUGACUUCCAUCUCUGCUAUGGAGAGACACAUCUCUGAUAUCCUUUUCUAUUGCUCCGUCCUCCCAUCAUUACCACCACAUAAGAGCUUCCCUCGCUCCUCAGAUAGGAGAGGAGAUGAAACGACAGGAAGUUAACUAUCCAACGGGAAGAGGGAGACAUGUCGGAGUUCUCCAGUGCCGCCAUCCUCCACCAGGGGAGGAGAGACCAGGUAGCAGAGUCAUGUCGGGCCCAGAGUGCAUCCAGCCGCAAGCGCCGGGUCCUGACCCCUGGUGACCUCAAACACCUGGUGGUGGAUGAGGAGCAUGAGCUCAUCUACUGCUAUGUCCCCAAGGUGGCCUGUACCAACUGGAAACGCGUCAUGAUGGUCCUCACGGGACACGGCAAGUACAGUGACCCUAUGGAGAUCCCUUCCAAUGAGGCCCACGUCCCGUCCAACCUGAAAUAUCUGAAUCAGUACAGCAUUUCUGAGAUCAACCACCGCCUCAAGAGCUACCUAAAGUUCCUGUUUGUCCGGGAGCCCUUCGAGAGGCUCGUCUCCGCUUACCGCAACAAGUUCACCCUCAAGUACAACUCCUCCUUCCACCGCCGCUUCGGCACCAAGAUCGUCCGCCGCUACCGCAAGAACGCCACGCAGGAGGCGCUGCUCAACGGCGCCGAUGUCAAGUUCCGGGAGUUCGCCGAGUAUCUUGUCGACCCGGCCACGCAACGCGACGGCCCGCUCAACGAGCACUGGCAGACGGUGUACCAGCUGUGCCACCCCUGUCACAUCCACUAUGACCUGGUGGGCAAGUACGAAACCCUGGAGGAAGACGCCAAGUACGUUCUGCGGCUGGCGGGGGUUGGCGAGUCGGUGCGCUUCCCGACCUACGCCAAGUCCACCCGCACCACAGACAGCAUGACGGCCCAGUUCUUCAGCAACAUCAGCUCCCGGCAGCACAGCCAGCUCUUCCAGCUGUAUAAACUAGACUUCCUCAUGUUCAACUACUCCACGCCAAGCUAUCUGCGACUGGACUAACGACUAGAGGACCAGGACUUGACUAGCCAGUUAGGACUCUGGGCACGAUCCACUUUUAAUAAGAGAAGAAAAAAAUAACUGAGAGAGAGGAGAAUGGAUAUUUUUGCGAAAGCUUUAUUCAAAAACUGUCGUCACUGUUUCUGGGGGUGAAUAGGAAGGGCUGAGGUGAAUGGGAGGGACAGAGAUUGAGGAUAGGUGCUGGAUCUGAUUGGAUGUGAAAGAGUCUUUGUUAUCCAAUCAGCAUUGUCCUGAAGGUAAUAAAGGAGGAAGGGGAGAUCCUAUAGCAUCAGAAUGCAGGGUUCAGGCGGAGCUGAUGUCAGAGGAUUUCUAAGAGGGGAAAUAGAAGAGAGAAGCAGGGCUCUUGGAGAGUGGUCAAUGUGUGUUCUGUAUGUAAAUGAGUUGGGACUCUUGACCAAUUAGGCUGCUUUGGAUUUUGCACAGCAAAUGGUGACCUCGCAUGCACGCGCCCUGGCCCCAAAGCAUCAUGGGAGCUGAGCUUAUUUUAUAACGAACAAUAACGAAACUCCGUCAAAUUGUAAAACACAUCCAUGUCCUUCAGUGUGCUGUAUCCUGGGUGUGUUUGAUAGCACUCACCAAUUAUACAUUUGAUAAGUAUACUGGCUCUUGGCUCCACCUCAAGCCCUCCUCAUUAUAGCUGUCUAUUGACUUUGCUCUAAAGACCUCUAGAACCAUCAGGUGUAAACAGUGGAGCUACAAUUUACAGCCAACUGCUCUAAAGUAGUAGCUAUGCUGUCAAAAUCGCCAUCGUCAUAGGUGAAAAGAACUCCUGAGGUUUGCUAGGUGAGGCAUCAGACUCCCACAGCAGGAUCUGAAACGGCGGCCUUUUUAGAAAGAUGCUGAGCACCCUCAAGGCUUUAAGCCACAGGAAGUGGUCAGAAGGAGAAAGGAAGUGCCGUUGUGAAUGGGUUUACCGGAUGUGAUUGACAGGUGUUAGGGGCCUCCCACUGACCCAGAGAGGAACUGAAGAAGAGAUGGCUCGUGUGGCUGUGAAAGGGUUUAAGGGACAGGAUCUCAUAACCCCGCCCACGCCACGCCCUUAAAACAGGGAGGGCCAUAACCCCGCCCACGGGCAAUAACCCCCCCUCCGCUUCGACGACCAAUCAUGUAUUUUAGUAAAUUAAGUCUUUUUUUUUAAUGUCUUCGUUUUAUUGUCUUAUGAAAACAUUGCUGCGAGCAGCAAUAAAAAAAUAUUAUUUAAACUGCUUUUACUGCCGGGGGGGAGGGGGGAGGGGAGAUUUUAAUAUUUGUUUUCUUGGCAGAUGAACGUUUCAGUAGAUUUUUAAAGAUAACAUUGUUUUUAUGAGUUUUGUUUCUCAUGUUUUUUUUGUCCUGAGUUGCCUCCGGUACACUGUUAAUGAUAACAUUUUAAUUUUCUUCCUUUUUUUACCAAGGGUGUACAAUGUAGUGAAGUCUGUGGCUUUGGUUUCUCUGUGCGUGAGAGCUGGGACUUCCCAUGGGAUUUAGAGUUAUUCCCUUUCUCCCCCUUAGUCCACUGAGUCUGGUGCCAAAGGGUUGGAACACUGCCAAUGGCAGAAAGGGUCUACUCAACUCUUAUCAGUACUUUUCGCUACAUCCAAUAAUUUACAAAAAUGAAAACUACAGCAUGAGAAAAGUAUUCCACAUACAUAUCUACAUCGCAGGCUACUGCUCAGAAUCAGAAACAAGAGCAGUGGUUGCCUUGAUAAUGAUCGAUCAUGGAACCGUCUACCUUUGAGUCUGGCGGUGAAAGUCAGGUCUGUGUGUCGCCCUCAGGUGAAAGUGCAGUGUCUAACCAUUACUCUGUGUAGUCUAUGGGAUCGCAGAGAGUCGUAUACACAGUGCAGGAGUGGGCGACGGAGGGAGAGAGAAGACAACUUAAUUAGCCAAGCUGGGAGAGAGGGAGUCCUCUUUAUUCUUUACACCCCUUUGUCAUUCUUCCUCCACUCAGACUUCAAAGAGAGAGGGACGUUUAUUGGGAAAGUUGUGUAUUUUUAUAUUGCUAGGUCUGAGCAGAAGUAACAGCUGCACAGAAAUGAUUCACUUCUAUAUUCAUCUGUCCCUCUGACUGUUUAGUUUAGACAGGCGGGGUGACUAAUGACAAGCUCACCUCAUUCUGUCAUAGCUUCUAAAAUAUUGGUGUCAGUUGUGUAUGCUUGCAUGUGUGUGUCGUUAUAAUUAGCAACUGGUUUGGAGGAACAAGGUCCUCCACAUCUGGCUCUGAUAAAGAGGAAGGCUGCUGGUUUGGAGGAACAAGGCCCUUCACAUCUGGCUCUGAUAAAGAGGAAGGCUACUGGUUUGGCCUACAUCUCCGACUCCAUCCACUUACAGAAACAAUGGGAGCAUUCUGAGCUCUCCCUCUCACACACACACACACACACACACACACACACACACACACACACACACACACACACACACACACACACACACACACACACACACACACACAGAUAUUGAUGCCACGCAGCCCCUUACUCAGCAGCUGUACUCUAGUGAGGGUUGGUAAGUAAGGUACGGAGGGAGAGGGGGGUUUGGUUGGGUAUGGACACAUUUAAAACACCACACACUCAGCUUCUCUCUAACUGCCUAUUUAGCCUCCAAAAUGAGACACUUUACCCAAAGGCUUUAUGGAGUCCUCUCCUGUGCUCUCCUCUUGACUCCAACCUCUCCCAAAACAGCCCCAUAUAAAAACAGAAGUGGGUUUUUGGACAGUGGCAGUGAUCCCUACCCUCGCAACAGGAAAAGGACUGGCUUCUUAUACAAACAGAGCUGUUAAAAUCCCACAGAGGCCCAGCCUAACGACCCCUGUGGAAAUACUGACCUGAUUCAAACACGUUUUAUUCUCCAUUCUUAUUCCAUAUCCUAGCUCACUGUACCUAUAAAUCCACCUGAAUCCAAUUCUGACAUGUCCAUUUAGUGUUCUUGUUCUGUAUAAGUAUUUAUUGACAAGUGUACGGGUAUAUUUAUGUUGUUGGAGAACGAUGUCUAUUGUUGGACUGAAUGACAUAUUUACUGUGUUGCUAAAUGCAGAAGCACAGGAAGUGCGCGCUCCUCUGCACAUACGUAAACAUAUCCACUCUGGGGCCGGGGGUUUCUAGCCAGAGAUAAGCAUGGAUGGGGCAGUAUUCUGUCAGUGGUUUUAUUGUGAAUAGUUUAUCUUUCUGUCUGAGAUAUUCUUUUUCAAUUAGUAUCUGUGCAACAGUAAAAACAUCCCCAUAAUGCCCAUGGAACUUCCUUUGUGUUACACAUAAAAGGGUCCCCAUGAUGUUUCCUGCUGUCACAAAUUAGCCCUUUGGUACCAACUCAGACCAUGAGGCUUUUCAGAAAUGCUCAAAAUAUUGCCAACUGUUGAAAUCUCUGGAAGGUGGUUAGAGAAGAUCUCCCACUCAACUGCACAGGAACCAAAGCCUGGAAUGGUAAUAGAGCUCUUUUAUUUUCCUUUUCCCUGUCUUAAUUAUGUCUUUCUAUGUUGUUCUGUUGUAUUCCUCUGUCAGCAACACUCCACAGCAGCUUCCACACUUUUCAUUGACCUCAUAGAAAUAUAACGUAUAGAUAGAACCCAGUUUAUGAUUAUGUCCAAUCCAUUCUAUGGUUGCCUCCUGCAUAGCCUAUAGUACAUGACCACAGGGCACUUCAGUCACCACAGACAGUACCUUUUAUAGGGUCACCACAGACAGUACCUUAUAGGGUCACCACAGACAGUACCUUAUAGGGUCACCACAGACAGUACCUUAUAGGGUCACCACAGACAGUACCUUAUAGGGUCACCACAGACAGUCACUGGGUGCUGAAAUGAUCUGUGCCUUUUCAUUCCUCUCAUUGGAGCAUAUUACUGUCAUCUGAUUGGUCAGUCCACACACACACACACACACACACACACACACACACACACACACACACACACACACACACACACACACACACACACACACACACACUCUCUCCCUCUUCAAUUGUCAGAUUCAAGUUGAAAAACAGCAUCCCACACACUAACACAGUCAGAUCACCUGUAGAGAGACUCAUGUGACCACAUCAAGAGGCUAUGCAAAUAGAGGGUUUUUGAAACGCUUGCUCUGCUCAGAUCUUCCCUCUUCUCCUAAGCCUUCUUCUCCUAAGCCAGAUACUGGAUGGUUUCCUGUGGCUCUGUGUUGCUCAGAGGUUGUACGUACACCCUUCAAAACCACACCUCAACCCUCAGAUCUCUGUGUGCUGGUUUCAGUGUUCUCAUCCGUUGCCAAAUAGUGACAGUGUGUGUUGAGCUGUGUUCACUUAAAUCAAUGUUGUUGAGAGUCUAGGCAGGCUCCUCUGCUGUCAGAUGCCAUGUCAUCGGCCAGUGUGUGUGUCGGAGAGGUCACAAUGUGCUGUACCAACGAGUGUGUAUCUGAGCUGUGUGUGUGUAUUGGAAAGGUCGCUCUGUACUGUACCUGCGAGUAACUUAAGAGUAACUCGAGGAACUCACUCAAACAGGCUAUGUUGCAUUUAUUUAUUCAUUCCCCAACGACUACUCAUAACAUUCCUCCUGGUGGUCUCCAUGGCAACACACCUGGACUUUUCCUCACGGGACAGACUGUCGGUUCAUCAUCAAGGCCCUCUCACCAGAAACAUGAAUAAUUGAAUAUAUCGACUGCAGGUAGUGGGGGAGGAGUUGUGAUUCCCCAGCAGUGUUCCAUGGUUCAUUUUGUCUGAUGUUUUCACAAUAAAAUGCCUCAAACAAACCCAGAUGCCCCAGA